CGAAAAAUUGAGAGACACAAAAUAGUUGGUGGCAAUCCAAACGCGCCCGUAACUGCUCCUGGCUCUAACUUCCCACUCUGUGAGAGUUCUUGUUGCUGAGAGGGGAUAAUGUUGAUAUCAGUAAGGCAAAUUUCUUCGUCCCUUUGCUCCACCACCUCUCUAACUCACAAUUCCAUUUCAAGAAAACGUUCUUUUUGUGCUAAGCCUCACAAUUAUGUCCACAAAAACCAGAAGAAGUCUAUUUGCAGAGCCACUCUCACUAUCCACAGAAAGAACAACAGCAGCGAUAAGCAGAGCCCUCAGAGUGCUGUAUUUGAUCCGCUGGGCAUUAAUCCUGAUGGACUCUCAGAUUUAAGAAGUGCUUGGGGAAGUCUUCUAGAAUUGUUUUCUCAACCACUUCAGAGUACAUCAGGCACCAGAAAAGAGAAAACUUCAUCAUCAAGAGGAGCGGCAGCUGCCAUUGAAGAUACCAGCAUUGAUAUUGGGGAUUUCUUCAAGGGUCCUCUCCCUGGAAAAUUUCUCAAGCUUUUGGGCUAUCUGGCCCUGUCACGACUUGGAAUAUACAUACCUCUUGGUGGUGUGAAUCGGGAGGCUUUUGUGGGUAAUCUUGAUCAAAACAGCUUGUUAGGCACUCUAGAUUCGUUUUCUGGAGGCGGUAUUGGUCGGCUUGGAAUAGGCUCUCUUGGUAUUGUGCCCUUUAUAAAUGCACAGAUAGUUUUUCAGCUUCUCACUCAAAUCUACCCCAAGUUGCAAGAACUCCAAAAAAGAGAAGGUGAGGCUGGAAGGAAAAAAGUGUUGCAGUAUACUCGCUAUGCUUCUGUUGGGUUUGCAAUUGUGCAGGCAAUUGGCCAAGUAUUGUAUCUUCGUCCUUAUGUCAAUGACUUCAGCACUCAGUGGGUCCUCUCUUCUGUUAUUUUGCUGACUCUCGGCUCAGUUUUCACAACUUACAUUGGAGAAAGAAUUACUGACUUGAAACUUGGAAAUGGUACAUCUCUUUUAAUAUUCACAAAUAUCAUCUCCUACCUGCCAGCAUCCUUUGGGAGGACAGUUGCACAAGCAUUUCAAGAUGGUAACUAUGUUGGACUUGUUGGCCUCAUUAUUUCCUUCUUCUUGCUAGUCCUUAGCAUUGUAUAUGUUCAGGAAGCAGAGCGGAAAAUUCCACUUAAUUAUGCGUCAAGAUAUACCAGCGGAGCUGGGGGCCUUUCAAAAUCUGCUUACUUACCCUUUAAGGUAAAUAGUUCUGGAGUGAUGCCAAUCAUCUUCUCUACAUCAUCGUUGGCUCUUCCAGGAACUCUUGCCCGCUUCACUGGUUUGAGUUUUCUGAAGAAGGCUGCUGUGGGUUUAAAUCCUGGGGGUUCAUUCUACUUGCCAACGAACAUUCUAUUGAUAGCAUUCUUCAAUUACUAUUACACAUUUCUGCAAUUGGACCCUGACGAUGUCAGUGAACAGUUGAAAAGGCAAGGUGCCUCGAUCCCACUUGUCCGACCUGGAAAAAGUACUGCUGUAUUUAUAAAAACGGUUCUCAGUCGGAUAUCAGUCCUCGGUUCUGCAUUUCUAGCAAUUCUUGCUGCUGGUCCUGCUGUGAUUGAACAAGCCACACAUCUAACGGCAUUCAGGGGAUUUGCCGGCACCUCAGUUCUGAUUCUUGUCGGUUGUGCAACCGAUACGGCUAGAAAAGUUCAGGCGGAGAUAAUAUCGCAGAAAUACAAGACCAUAGAAUUUUAUGAUAUUGACAAGUACUGACCAGAGUGCACAAAAAACUUUUAGUAGGAAUCAUAAAUUUGAAUUAGACUCUUGAGACAGUCCAAUUGUAAAUUUGCUUUCUUGUUUAUUCUCAUUUUUUGGUAUCUCAUUUUAAUACAGCUUUGUAAUUUUGCCUUAAA